AUGUCCGCCAUUAAAAGGGGAGACAAGCUUACGGAACGACAUGCUGUCGUGUUCUCUGUUGGUGCGGGCGUGUGUGCAGUGUCUGUGGUCGUCCUGGACCAGGAGACUAGCGAAGUCGUGGCGUCGCUUAGCGACAAUACUCUCGGUGGCGAUGACCUUGUACACAAACUUAUGCACCAUCUUUUGGGAGAAGCGAAAGACCAGAACUUCAGUUCCAAUGCAAUGUUUGUCCAAAAACUGAGACAUGAGGUGGAGUUUGUGCUCUACAAAUUUGGGAAAGAACCGAAACAUCCCAAGGUUAAAAUUAACGUGGAGUUGGGAAAAAAUAUAUUUUGUUCAGUUAUAACAAAUGAACAGUUUAAAAACUUCAGUCAGAGUAUAGCGGCCGACAACUGGCUGUACGUCCCACAAAGUAAAGCUGUGUUGAUUGGUGAAGAUGUUCUGCUCAACUGUGUGGUCCGGAGUGAUGACCAAAGCCCCAUUGUUUACUCCUGGUACCAGGGAAACCAGUCUAUUCCCGAACACUUCUCUCUCUAUGCAAACCACUCACUUCUCAUUCCACGAAUCACACACAACGAACUCGGGACCUACUACUGUACUGUCGUCAGUAAUAGCUCCCGGAUUAUCUCCCCUGAAGCAGCUGUGAUAGAAGCUUAUAUCAGUGAAUUUCUUGUUCACCCGCAAUCAGUAAGGACUGCUGAAAAGGAUGUUGUCACUUUUGAAUGUGUCAGUGGUGAGAGCGCCCCCUAUCCCGAUGUCUUCUGGGAGCUGAAUGGGGUUAGAUUCAAGGGAGGUAACCAGUCCCGCACAACAUACGGUGAUUAUGAUGAGACUGGUCUUCGUAUCCAGUACUCCCUCAAGCUGGUACUGGUUCUGGAGACUCAGUUUGUUGGGGUUAUUCGAUGUGCUGCAGAGAACCGUGUUCUAGGAAAGUCGGUUUAUAGCCACAGUGCCAACAUCACAAUAGCAGCAACGCCCGGUUCUCCAGUGAUUGAGAUCCCUCCCCCACCGCGAGUGGUGGUUUCCCGGGGUUGGCCCGUGAUGUUACCAUGCUCUGUCACUGGCUACCCAUGGGCACGCACCGUGUGGUUCAAAGAUGGAGUCUUCAUCGACGGGUCAGCCAACAGUUAUGUCGCUGCUAACGGAAGUUUUAUAUUUGUCUCCGUUUCGGCUGCUGAUUCAGGAAUUUACAUCUGUAAAGGAGUCAACUCGGUUGGAGAGACGACGUCACCAACAUGUAAUGUCACAGUGACAUAUUUAGACAUUGCUUUCCCUGUGGAACCAGAGGGACUGACAGUGUUUGCAGGGCAGUCUGCCACCCUGCACUGCACGCCUCCGGACAGCUACCCUCCAGCCAGUGUGAGCUGGUACAAGGACUAUCAGCCAAUCACAGCCGCUGUUUCUCAGAGUGUCACGGACACUGUCAUCAGCACGGUGUCAGCCAUGUCUGUUUUGCGGACAGGAAGUGGAGGCUGGAACCUGUUUCUUCCUUCUGUACAGAAGAGUGAUGCUGGCCGGUACUUCUGUGUCGCAAUCAACAGUCUGUCCUCACCAACCAGUCGAACUUCACCACUAGCUCUCUUACAUGUUGUAGGUGCUCCAACCAUAACAGAGCCACCAGUGGAUACCAGGAUUGUCAAGGGCAGACUACUCCAUUUGGUUUGUCGUGUGGAGGCCGAUCCGACUCCUGAGAUAGAUUGGAAGUUUCUUGGACAGAGUUUGAAAGCUUCUGCCCAUGUUUCAUUCAGGGAUAGAAAACAGGAGUUGUACAUCAGCAACAUGAACAAGGCGUGGGACGGAGUGUUCACCUGCCUAGCAACCAACAAAUAUGGCAGCAAGACAGUGGAGGCUACAGUCACUGUGAUUGUUCCCCCAGUAACACUGAACCCGAUUGGUCACCUCAUUGUGAAGGCCGGACAACAGCUUCUUCUGCCCUGUGACGUGUAUGGUAUUCCCACACCAACACUAACAUGGUUCCAUGACGGCCUCGAACUUGAGCCACGCAAGGGAAUGGUUUUCCUAGAGAGUGCUCUGUUUAUAAAUAGUGUCGUUGAAGAAGACAGAGGAACAUAUUCUUGUUCAGCUCAAAACGAAGCCGGGAGUACACAAGCCUCUGGGAAUAUCACAGUUUUGUUACCUCCAUCUAUUACCCAAGGUCCUCAAGAUACAGAGGUUCUGAUUGGUCAGUCAGCAGUUUUCUCCUGUUCUGUCCAUGCUUAUCCAAAGCCGACUGUGGAUUGGCUGUACAACUCCAGCUUGGCCCUCCCAGAAGGUGUGUCAGUAGAGUCACAUGACUUGAAAAUCCAAUCGGUGAGCUGGAAGAAUGUGGGCGUGUACACCUGUGUGGCCAACAACUCGGAAGGAAGUGUGAACAAAUCUGCCGUACUGAAAAUUACUGUGCCACCUCACAUCAUGGAAGUACAGGGAUCAGUAGCUGUGGAUACUGGCGAGGCUAUCAAACUGACGUGUGUGUUUGGAGGUGUACCUCAACCGUCAGUCAAGUGGAUGCAUCAAGGGGAGAUAAUCAAGACAAGUCUGGAUGGAAGAAUCUCGUUUCCUUCUCAAGACGUGCUUCUAGUGAAGUUUUCAACUAACACAGACGCUGGUGUCUACAGCUGUCAUGUUGCCAACAGUGUUGGAAGUGCUGUAAAGAAGAUUACAGUUUAUGUCAUAGAGCCCCCGUACCCACCGGUUCUGACGUCUGCUGUUGCCGUGUCGAUGUCCUCCAUCUACCUGGAGUGGCUGCCCAACACACAGGAGCCGAUGACCAACGUCACAGGGUAUGCUGUCCACAUGAAGAAACUCGUUGAAGAAGAUUUUCUCACAUUUCCUGGGCGACUGUCCCCUCAACUGACCAGUUAUGAAGUGGAAGAGCUGAAGCCUGGAACAGAAUACAUCUUCACCGUGUCCGCUGUGAACACCGCCGGUCUCGGGAAACCCAGCAACGCUUUGAGUGUCAAAACAUUCGAGUCAGGACCAUCUGAGCCAAGGUUUUUUGAGGUAAAAGCCACUGAUUCAACAAGCAUCAGUUUGUUUUGGGAGGUUCCGUCCGUUGAGAAUGGAGAGGUCCGCCUCUACCAGCUGCAGUCCUGGGAGAAGUCAUUGCCACACAAUACUACGUCUGUGGACAUUGUGAACCCGACAAUGCCUAGUCAGGAAUACAUGAUAAAGAAUCUUCAUCCACACACAGCCUAUGUGAUGAGAGUGCGGGCUGCAAACAUAGAAGGGUCCAAUACUCUAUGGGGAAACUUCACUCAGACAAUAGAAGCACAGACAGACAUAGCAGCUCCAUCAGUGGCCCCCACAGGACUUGAAGUGACCACAGUUGACCCCUACACUGUACAGAUUAAGUGGACUCCCCUGACUAAUUGGGAAGAAAAUGGUCCGAUGAUUGGCUACAGAGUUACCUACAAACAACAAGGUCACGUGACUAUUGUGGAGAAAAUGGUUUCCAAUGCAACCACUACUGUUGUUUCGCAGUUGUCUCCCUGGACAGAGUACUCUUUUGUGGUGGAGGCUGUGAACUCUGCUGGCCGUGGACCUCCUAGUGAUGUCACUGGUGUACGCACCCUUCCUACAGCUCCAACAGCAGCUCCACAAAAUGUACAAGUGAAGCUGAUAUUUGACACAACUAUCACAGUCACAUGGCAGCCUCCACCUACGGAUGAGCAGAACAGUGAACUAGCUGGCUAUUUUCUCCAAUACCGUCGAACAGGAGAUCUGACAUGGAAGCCCACAAGUACCACAUCGUCACAUACGAGGGAUUAUAACAUCAGUGACCUUGAUUACUGGACGGAAUAUGAGAUUGAAGUUGCUGCUUACACAAACCAAGUUACACCGGGACUAGGGUCAUUCUCUGAUGUUGUCCAUAUCAAAACAGACCAGGGAACACCUGGUCCUGUGGAGAUUUCAUUCAUCAAUGCAACAUCAUCAUCAGUCUACCUGGACUGGUUGCCACCAAAGAAAGCAAAUGGAAAAUUGACUUACUAUCACGUCAUUUAUUAUGUAGUUCACAGCAGUCACAAUCAGUCAACAUCUGAGUUGGGAUAUGUUGGAAACACAUCUGUUAAAGUUUCACAAGUCACCCUCUUUGACCUUGAACCUGAUACCACAUACAAGAUCUUCGUGUUUGCCAACACUGCAGCAGGGGAGGGAACUCCAUUGAUUGUUCUCCAAAAGACAGACCAAGAUACUCUCCUGCCACCAUCUACCGAGUAUAUAACCACUGAUUCAUUAGAGAGCUCGACAGGACAUCUCGUCGGUUCGAUGGACGACAAUACCAAACAACGACUUGCAGUCAUUGUUGCUGGGAGUCUCACAGGGGGGAUAAUCAUGCUUUUUAUUCUGGCGUUGAUUAUAUAUCGGUGUCUCCGGAAAAGAAGAGAAGAGAUAAGAAAAUACAUGACAUCCGCUGUGUCUGGGAUCAAGAUCAGUCGGCGUUCCAGUAGCACGUACGACAGACAUUUUGAUGAAGCUGUUGAUGAAUCUGCUUGUGACAUCAGUCCGAGUCCAUCACCUUCCCACAGUGCUCAGGACAGCAGGACAGACUAUGGCAGCUGUGAUGUUAAGAUUGAGUCGACAGCCACUUGUGAGCAAACUACUGCAGUGGUCACACCAUAUUCAACAAGUGCCCCACAGAAUCAGACGGAAGUACUGGACGUUUCUGCUCUUGACAAGCCAGGCAUUAGACGGAAAUCCAACAGUUUUCGCGAAGAUCUCGUCAGAAAUAAAACAGAUCCUGUUUUUACCACAUCAGACCGCGAGAACCCAGGAUACCAUGACGACACAUAUGCAGCUACCCUACCUCGACCACGCACAACGAAUCACAUGUCAGCAGACGAAUUCUACUCACAGAUGUUGACGAUGCCUCGUAAGAACCGCAUGCGAAGUGAGAGCGCCGCUGCGAUUGCCGUCCUGAGAAACAGUACUAUGAAUGUCACCACCAGCGAUACGGAAUCCCUCGUCACAAACGAAGUUGUUGUGGUUUUCAAAGAGAGAACGGUGUUGUAGUGGUCAAAGAUUCCCACACGCCUCUAUUCUGAAACAUCUUUGCAAUACUGUAUUGUUCGUUUUUGUCCCAAACUUCCAUCAAACAGUUCAUGGCUUGAACUUAACGACAGCACCAUUGUUGAGAUAUAAAUUGCCGUAGGUCGGGACUAUUAUGCUCCUCAAUGAUGGCAAAAUGUUUACACCUGGUAUACAUUAGCUGCCAGUAUAUGACAUUAGCUGCCAGUAUAUGACAUUAGCUGCCAGUGUAUGACAUUAGCUGCCAGUGUAUGACAUUAGCUGCCAGUGUAUGACAUUAGCUGCCAGUGUAUGACAUUAGCUGCCAGUGUAUGACAUUAGCUGCCAGUGUAUGACAUUAGCUGCCAGUGUAUGACAUUAGCUGCCAGUGUAUGACAUUAGCUGCCAGUAUAUGACAUUAGCUGCCAGUAUAUGACAUUAGCUGCCAGUAUAUGACAUUAGCUGCCAGUAUAUGACAUUAGCUGCCAGUGUAUGACAUUAGCUGCCAGUAUAUGACAUUAGCUGCCAGUAUAUGACAUUAGCUGCCAGUAUAUGACAUUAGUACAUUUAAAAUAGGUCUACAUAGGCCUACAGUAAAAUAACAUUUCAGUAUUUAUUUGCUGCAAAAGUCUUCUUUUUUUCAGUUGCCAUGGGCUUUAAAUUGCCAUCGGUGGGCAGUUUCAUCCACAGCAAUUUUGUUUUUAAAUUGCCGUGGGAGACAAAUUCUUAUGUUGGAGUCCUGCCGUUUGAGCAUCAGAGUGUGUCAGUUUGAGAUACAGUGUCAGUUUGAGCAUCGGAGUGUGUCAGUUUGAGAUACAGUGUCAGUUUGAGCAUCGGAGUGUGUCAGUUUGAGAUACAGUGUCAGUUUGAGCAUCGGAGUGUGUCAGUUUGAGAUACAGUGUCAGUUUGAGCAUCGGAGUGUGUCAGUUUGAGAUACAGUGUCAGUUUGAGCAUCGGAGUGUGUCAGUUUGAGAUACAGUGUCAGUUUGAGCAUCGGAGUGUGUCAGUUUGAGAUACAGUGUCAGUUUGAGCAUCGGAGUGUGUCAGUUUGAGAUACAGUGUCAGUUUGAGCAUCGGAGUGUGUCAGUUUGAGAUACAGUGUCAGUUUGAGCAUCGGAGUGUGUCAGUUUGAGAUACAGUGUCAGUUUGAGCAUCGGAGUGUGUCAGUUUGAGAUACAGUGUCAGUUUGAGUAUCAGAGUGUGUCAGUUUGAGAUACAGUGUCAGUUUGAGCAUCAGAGUGUGUCAGUUUGAGGUACUGCAUAGUGUUGCUCUUGCUGGAAAUGAAGGUUUCUUUAAUGAGUUUUCAGUGCAUAGCUUACGCUGCAGCUGUUAGGUGUCUAACAAUGGUAAAUGGGAAAACAGUAAUGGUUCUUUAAUGGCACCCCAGCACAUUAUUGACUCUGUUGUAGUUAGGUGUCUAACAAUGGUAAAUGGGAAAACAGUAAUGAUUCUUUAAUGACACCCCAGCACAUUGUUGACUCUGUUGCAGUUAGGUGUCUAACAAUGGUAAAUGGGAAAACAGUAAUGAUUCUUUAAUGGCACCCCAGCACAUUGUUGACUCUGUUGUAGUUAGGUGUCUAACAAUGGUAAAUGGGAAAACAGUAAUGGUUCUUUAAUGACACCCCAGCACAUUGUUGACUCUGUUGCAGUUAGGUGUCUAACAAUGGUAAAUGGGAAAACAGUAAUGAUUCUUUAAUGGCACCCCAGCACAUUGUUGACUCUGUUGUAGUUAGGUGUCUAACAAUGGUAAAUGGGAAAACAGUAAUGGUUCUUUAAUGGCACCCCAGCACAUUGUUGACUCUGUUGUAGUUAGGCAUCUAACAAUGGUAAAUGGGAAAACAUUAAUGGUUCUUUAAUGGCACCCCAGCACAUUGUUGACUUUGUUGUUGUUAGGCAUCUAACAAUGGUAAAUUUAAGAAAGGACAUAUUUGUUUAAUGACACCCAGGACAUUGUUAAGUCUGUUGCUGUUUGGUGUGAACUGUAUAGUACUUAACUGUCAAAUCUGUAUAACAUGGCCACCAAAUGGAUAAUCAAAAGGUGGUAUUUUAAAGCAGGUGGCUGCUUAAUAUGGGUGGCCUCUUGAGAAGGUUUGAGUGUUCUAUUAUGAUAUUUUUGAGACUGAAAGAAAAGGUAUGUUGUUUCAAUAUAGGUUAUUAUUUGUGAUUAGCAACAAGUUGUUUUGUUACCUGCAUUUAUUCAGACAGGAUUUGGUGGACCACACAUUGCUGUAAAACUGUACAUUUUCUUGGAUAGGAUGUCAUGGACCACACAUUGCUGUAAAACUAAAUUUUCUAACAGUAUGUCAUUGCUAUAAAACUCUAUAUUUUCUCAGACAGGAUUCAUGGACCACACAUUGCUGUAAAACUUCACAUUUUCUAAGACAGGAUUCAUGGACCACACAUUGCUGUAAAACGUCACAUUUUCUAAGACAGGAUUCAUGGACCACACAUUGCUGUAAAACUUCACAUUUUCUAAGACAGGAUUCAUGGACCACACAUUGCUGUAAAACUAAAUUUUCUAACAGUAUGUCAUUGCUAUAAAACUUCACAUUUUCUAAUACAGGAUUCAUGGACCACACAUUGCUGUAAAACUUCACAUUUUCUAAGACAGGAUUCAUGGACCACACAUUGCUGUAAAACUUCACAUUUUCUAAGACAGGAUUCAUGGACCACACAUUGCUGUAAAACUUCACAUUUUCUUAGAUAGGAUUUCAGUGGCCACACAUUCCUGUAAAACUACAUUUUUCCAUCUAUGAUUUCAUGGACCACACAUUCCUGUAAAACUGCACAUUUUCUCAGAUAGGAUGUUGGGGACCAUACACUGAAGUAAAACUGAAACAGUUUCUUAGACAGGAUGUCAUGGACAACACAUUGCCAUAAAACUACACGUGGAUUAGUCUGUAAAGUUGUCAUAUUUUGUUUCUUACUUGCAGAAGUUGCAGUAGAUAGACUACUUAAAGAACUGAUCCCUUCAGAGGAGGCAUUCAUAUUAUUUGUAAAUGUAUAUUGAACCAUAUCUUGCCAACAGUAAAGUAGUAAUCCAUGUGUAAUGCUUUCAUGGUGUUCUGAACUCACUCAUUUCUAGUCCAUGCCACAUAGCUUAGCCAGCUGUUGUUCCUGGUUAUCCAGCUCAUACCCUAUGGUGUACCCAGUUCAUGGUAUACCCCACUCACUUUCUUUGGUGUACCCAGCUCAUGUUCUAUGACAUACCCUAUUCAUGUUCUGUUUUAUCCAGGUCAUAAGUCAUAGUGUAUCCAGGUCAUGUCUCGUGGUGUAUCAUGGUCAUGUGCCUUGAUGUACCCAGGUCAUGUGUCGUGGUGUAUCACGGUCAUGUUCCUUGGUGUAUCCAGCUCAUGUGUCAUGGUGUACCCAGCUCAUGCCUCAUGGUGUACCCAGCUCAUGUACUGUACUGUAUUUAACCCAUGCCCUAUGGUGUACCCAGCUCAUGUACAGUAAUGUAUUUAACCCAUGCCCUAUGGUGUACCCAGCUCAUGUACAGUAAUGUAUUUAACCCAUGCCCUAUGGUGUACCCAGCUCAUGUACUGUAAUGUAUUUAACCCAUGCCUCAUGGUGUACCCAGCUCAUGUACUGUAAUGUAUUUAACCCAUGCCUCAUGGUGUACCCAGCUCAUGUACUGUAAUGUAUUUAACCCAUGCAUCAUGGUGUACCCAGCUCAUGUACUGUAAUGUAUUUAACCCAUGCACCAUGGUGUGCCCAGCUCAUGUACUGUAAUGUAUUUAACCCAUGCCUCAUGGUGUGCCCAGCUCAUGUACUGUAAUGUAUUUAACCCAUGCCUCAUGGUGUGCCCAGCUCAUGUACUGUAAUGUAUUUAACCCAUGCCCUAUGGUGUGCCCAGCUCAUGUACUGUAAUGUAUUUAACCCAUGCCCUGUGGUGUGCCCAGCUCAUGUACUGUAAUGUAUUUAACCCAUGCCCUGUGGUGUACCCAGCUCAUGUACUGUAAUGUAUUUAACCCAUGCCCUGUGGUGUACCCAGCUCAUGUACUGUAAUGUAUUUAACCCAUGCCCUGUGGUGUACCUAGCUCAUGUACUGUAAUGUAUUUAACCCAUGUCCUGUGGUGUACCCAGCUCAUGUACUGUAAUGUAUUUAACCCAUGCCCUGUGGUGUACCCAGCUCAUGUACUGUAAUGUAUUUAACCCAUGCCCUAUGGUGUGCCUAGCUCAUGUACUGUAAUGUAUUUAACCAGCUUCUCUACAGUCGUGAUUUCAUGAUGUAACAUCUUAGAUUUUAGAUACAGUAUUAUAGUUAAAUCAAUAGUGUAACCAUCAUUUUUACAACAUUGUAAAUAGUUUCGUAAUGUACACAUGUAGCUAUUUUAUUUCAUAACGCAUCUAGCUCCAUGAAGUAACCAUCAUGUAGAUAUAUACAGUAAGGAAACUAGGUCGAUUGCUUAACCAUCUUAGGAACAUUAAUGUAGUUACAUUCCUGGUGUAACCAGCCUGUGUACAGUGGUAAUGUAGACUGAUUAUGCACUGUUGUGUAUCCAGCUCAAACACAGUAAAGUGGGUUAACAUCUUCUAUACUGUAAUAUAGCUAACUCCACGUGGUAACCAGUUUAUGCACAGUAUCAUUGUCAGCUCAUGGCCAAUUGUGUACUUAGCUCAAAUUCAGUACUAUAAUGUAGUUAGUUCUAUGGUGAAACCAUCUUCAGUAUAGUAGCUAUAAAUCUAUGGAGAAACUAGUGUAUGUCCAGUAACAGAAUAUGUGUGUAACCUUGUAGAAUAUUUUGAGUGUUUCAUUUUAUAGUCUAUAUUUACAAUUUUAUAUAUAUGAUAGUUAUAUUGGAAGUUAAUAUUGUAUGAAAACCGGGCUCAACCCUUAAUGUUUAUUCACAAACUCUGUUUAAAAAUGCCUUAAAAAAAUUGUUUGAGAUUUUUUACUUAUUUAUGGUGUUAUGAAUAGUUAAUUUUUCAGAACUUUUAAACUGUGAUAUCAAUGUUUGUAAAGUACAUUAUUCUGCGACUUAACUAUAAAGGCACUCAACAAGUACUUGUAGAAAAUAAUAUACUUCAAACUGGGAAAUUGGUCUUCAUCAAAAAUGUGUUAUAAAAUACAAAAUAAAUUCUUCUUUGAUGAUUAAUAUAAGAAGGCUGACUUAUCCUCUGUAUUUUAAAACAUUCAUUCAUUACAUAUUACAAUGGUCGAGAAAAUGUAAUUGUGAAGAAUUUCAUCUCAUAGCAUGUAUCAGUACUUAAUGUUAAUUCUAGCAAAUAGGUGAGAAUAUGUUUUACACUGAGCUUUCUGAAAUAUUACAGUUUGUUUUGUCUAUAACACUACUAGAGCACAUUGAUUAAUGAAUCAUCAGCUAGUGGAUGUCAAACAUUGGAUCAUUCUGACACCAUCUUCAGAGGAAACCCACAACAUGUUUCCUUCAGCAGCAGGGAUAUUUUAUAUGCACUUCCACAUAGAAUAGUACAUAUCACGGCUUUCGAUAUACCGUAGGCCAAAAUUUAAUCUAUUCUAAUUAAUAUUAAUAUUUGUGUUUGCUGUUUAAAAUAAUAUAUAUUUGAGUUGUAUGUUAAUAAAUCUUUGUGCAUUCUUUAUAUUAUAUAUUUAUGUGUGUUUGUUUGUACUUAUUUUCAUGCUUAUAUCCAAUUAAACCAGCUCUGGGUGGGAGCCGGUACUGGGGUGUGAACCCUGUACCUACCAGCCUUAUGUCCCAUGGCUUAACCACUAUGACACUGAGGCCAUUUAUAUAUGUCUGUCAUAAUUAUGUAUGUAUAAUACUAUGUAUGUGUAAACAUGUCAAUUAUGCAUUCACUUUGUGCCAAAUAAAACGUCUAUAAUAUGUA